GGUCUCAGUGACACCAUGUACCAGGUGAAAGCGUUUGUUCGAUCUUAGACUUCAUUAACAGACCAAGAGAGGGGAUCGUCCCACUGUCCUCUGCCCUGGUCAGACUCUACCUGGAGGCCUGUGUCUAGUUCUGGGCACCAUAUCUUAGGAGAGACACUCACAAGAUGGAGAGGAACCAGAAUGGGGAGGAGACUCGAAACCAUAUCACACAAGGAAGGAAUUUGAAACCGGGGGAGAGAAGACUUAGAGGAGAUCUGAUCCCUGUCCUCAGUAUCCUUCUUGGGUAGGAGUUGGAGAUCAUGUGGAUUUAUUCAAAGAGAACAGUUUGUGAGACAGCAGAGAAGGUCCUGAGCCAGAGACCAGCCCUGCCUAACAAAGGACUGUCAGCUCUCAGACUGAACCACAGGUUACGAGGAAGAAGGAAGACUGUAGGCACAGGGAAGAUGGUGGUCUCAGUCCAAGGUAGGGAUUAUGCUCGGAGCGUUGCGCAAGAAGAGCAACCUCGUGUGACUGGAGUGUGCCCAGUAUGUGUGUCAAUGGCAAGAACAUGAAAUAGGCCUGGAAAAUUAACGUGGCACCAAGUUUUGGAAAGCUUCAAAUGCCGGGCAGAGGACUUUGGUCGGGAAGGUGGUGGUGAGUUUCAUAAAGCAGCCGAGCCUUCGAUCACUCAGUGAGUGCCCCAGGGAGGUGGUGCUCGCGACCCAGACCCUUCCCAGUCCCGGGGCUUCCCCUUCGUCGUAGCCAUGGCGGGAGGAACCCUCCAGGUCUCUUGGCUUCUCCCGCUCGUCCUGUCCGCCUUCGUCCAGCCCAUCCGGGGCCAGGAAAGGAUGAAGACGGACUGCUACCCAGGGAUUACAGGUACCAUCUAUGAGUAUGGGGCCCUCACCAUCGACGGUGAUGAAUACAUCCCUUUCAAGCAAUAUGCAGGCAAAUACGUCCUCUUUGUCAAUGUUGCCACCUACUGAGGCCUGACUCUCCAGUACCUUGAAUUGAAUGCACUACAGGAAGAAUUUAAGUCCCUUGGCUUUGUUAUCCUGGGAUUCCCCAGCAACCAAUUUGGACAACAAGAACCAGGACAGAACUCAGAAAUCCUUCCUGCUCUCAAGUACGUACGCCCAGGUGGAGGCUUCGUGCCCAAUUUCCAGCUAUUUGAGAAAGGAGAUGUUAAUGGAGAGAAGGAACAGAAGUUUUACACAUUCCUGAAGAAUUCCUGCCCUGCCCCCUCUGAAGUUGUGGGCACACCCAGCAAACUCUUCUGGGAGCCCAUGAAGGUCCAUGACAUCCGCUGGAAUUUUGAGAAAUUCCUGGUGGGGCCAGACGGUGUCCCCAUCAUGCGCUGGUACCACCGGGCCACAAUCAGCACAGUCAAGGUGGACAUCUUGGACUAUCUGCGGAAGCGUGGCAGCCAAGGCAGGACUGCUGAAGACUGGCAGAAGUAACUGCUGUCUUCAGGGAGUAGAAAAGGGAUACUGUUCAGGGAAGGGAUCGCCCCAGCCCAAAGCCCUAACCAGACUAUACUGUCUGCCUGAGACCCUGCUCCACAAGACGCUGCUAUUCAGAGAAUGUGUGUGGGUGCACGGGCAGACAUCAGAAUGCCUACACACAGAGAUGUAUUUUCAGGGGUUGGGUGCCUAGGUGUGCAUGAGAUCAGAGACAGGUACAGACACCCACCUCCAUACCCUAGCUCCUUGCUCUACUGAAUACUCAUUUUCCAAUAUUAAUGUUUUCCAAUCCCAACCCACAGAGGAAAAUCAGCUUUUAAGUCAGGUUACUGAACCUCUCAGAUCUGUUCCUCAGGAGAACCCUGGUCCUGGAAUUUCCCAUGACUCCGCAGUGAACCCCUCUGCCUUAGCUCAUCUGAAGUAAGAGGCUUUGGAAGCCCAGUGACCCACUGAAAAUAAGACAGGCCCCUUCCUCAGCUCAGUACAAAUGAGUGCCUUCUUUCCCUUCUCUGAACAACCCCUUUAAACCCCCUUUGCCCUACCCCAUAGUUACCCACUGGUGAGCUGCCCAAAGGGCUCUGCCAGGGCAAAAGACUGGUGUGAAAGAAGACAGAGAGUGUCCUAAAGUAAGGGAUGGCAUCUUUAUGAUGGUGGGAUCCAAAGCCUCUCCAGGGUGGAUCCCAUCAGAGCCUGCAAAAGGUGUUAUGACCCUUCGUGCAUUCAGGUUGUGACACCUAAGCAGGGAUGCUGCCCCCUACAGGGGGAUGCUCACCCUCUCCUAUCACUCUAGCCCCACCCUCCCCCACAUUGAGUCAUACGCACUGGUGACAAAUAAAAACCUUUCUGCAGCA